AUGUUCGCCGGAGAACUGGGACCGGACAACGACUUCUUCGUCUACAGCCGACACUUUAACCCCACGGUGCUCAACCUUAGCCGCCAGAUGGCUGCCCUCGAAGGCACCCAAGCCGCCUACUGUACCUCAAGCGGUAUGUCGGCGAUAUCUUCAGUGAUGCUGCAACUUUGCAGCAGCGGGGGACACGUGGUGGCAUCUAACACUCUCUACGGAGGAACACACGCUUUGCUUACUCAUUUCUUGCCACGGACCUGCAACAUAACCACCUCUUUCGUCGACAUAACGGACCAUGGCACGGUGGCAGACGCGAUCGUCGAGGGUAGGACACAGGUUCUCUACUUUGAGUCCGUGGCAAACCCGACUCUGACUGUGGCGGACAUACCUGAGCUGAGCCGUAUGGCACACGAGAAGGGUGUGACGGUGGUGGUGGACAACACCUUUGCCCCCAUGGUGCUCUCUCCGGCGAAGCUUGGAGCCGAUGUGGUGGUUCACAGUAUCUCCAAGUUCAUCAGUGGCGGGGCCGACAUCAUCGCAGGUAACGUUAUAAGAUUUUGUCGCGACGUAUGUAAUGUUUGCAGUUUCUCCUUCACGUGAAGGAGC